GCCGCCUGCAGCCUGCCACUCGCGCCCCGCCGGCCGCCGGGGUCUUUCCAGCUGCGCCAUGCCGCCGUGGGGCGCGGCCCUCGCCCUGCUCCUGGUCGCGCUCGGCCUCAUUGGCCUACUCGCCCCUCGGCUGCGGCGCCCAGGGAGAUGCGCCGUCGGAGCUACUACCCUGCGCGGGACCCGGAGCCCGGACCGCGAGGAUAAGGUGGAUGGCAGAGGCCCGGAGGACAAGCUCGGCGACGCUGGGGAGUCCCUGCCCGGCGGGUGCCGUCUCAUCUGUAAGCCGUCGGCGUUGGCCCAGUGCCUGCUGCGCGCGCUGCGCCGCUGCGCUGCGCUCGAGCCGGGCCCGCGCUCUUGGCUCUCCGGGCCCCACCUGCAGACCCUCAGUCAUUUCGUGCUGCCCGUGGGGUCGGGACCGGAGCUGGCCCGGGAGUAUCUGCAACUGGCGGACGACGGGCUGGUGGCUCUGGACUGGGUCGUGGGACCUUGCAGCCGGAGCCGCCGGGUCACCAAUGCUGGGAGCCUGCCGGCAGUGCUGCUGGUGAUCCCCAAUGCUUGGGGGCGCCUCACCCGCAACGUGCUCGGCCUCUGUCUGCUGGCUCUGGAACGCGGCUACUACCCGGUCAUCUUCCAUCGCCGUGGCCACCACGGCUGCCCGUUGGUCAACCCCCGCCUGCAGCCUUUCGGGGACCCCUCCGACCUCAAAGAGGCUGUCACUUACAUCCGCUUCCGACACCCCGCGGCCCCGCUGUUCGCAGUGAGCGAGGGCUCGGGCUCGGCGCUGCUGCUGUCCUACCUGGGCGAGUGCGGUUCCUCUAGCUACGUGACCGGCGCCGCCUGCAUCUCUCCGGUGCUCCGCUGUCGUGAGUGGUUCGAGACCGGCCUGCCCUGGCCCUACGAGCGGGGCUUCCUGCUCCAUCAGAAAAUCGCCCUCAGCAGGUACACCACGGCCCUGGAGGACACAGUGGACACUGGCAGACUGUUCCGGAGCCGCUCCCUGCGAGAGCUCGAGGAGACCCUCUUCUGCCACACUAAGAGUUUCCCCAUCAGCUGGGACGCCUACUGGGACCACAACGACCCCCUCCGGGAUGUGGAUGAGGCGGCCGUGCCGGUGCUGUGUGUCUGCAGUGCUGACGAUCCUGUGUGCGGGCCCCCAGAGCACUUUCUGCCCACUGAACUCUUUCACAGCAACCCCUACUUCUUCCUCCUGCUCAGUCGCCACGGGGGCCACUGUGGCUUCCUGCGGCAGGAGCCCUUGUCAGCCUGGAGCCACGAGGUCAUCCUGGAGUCAUUCCGGGCCUUGACUGAGUUCUUCCGAACCGAAGAGAGGAUGAAGGGGCUCAGCAGGCGCCGAGCUUCAUUCCUCGGGGGCCGGCGUCGCUGGGGAGCCCUGCAUAAGCGGGAGGUUUCUCCCUCUUCCAGUCAAGAGGAGAUCUUUAGUUGGAAGCGAUCGUACACAAGAUGAGACCCAGCCCAGGCCACCGCCUCCCUUUCGGUCCCGCAAGGAGGUGCGGAAGCAGGCAGGUCCUGAAAAGAUUGGACAGUCGGAAUGGGCAAGCCACUGACUGACCACUGAUUCUGCCCCUUCUCUGCAAUUGUUCUGUGGAAAGAGCUGGAACUGGCAGCUGGCGGGUACAUGCUUUACCCCGAGCAGAACUCAUGCCCGGUUUCACACAACACACCGCUGUUCAUCUGUCUGGCCCAGUGGCAGGGCACUGUCCAUCUGUCUCCUGCUGCUGACCUCGGCAACCAAAGCACAGCACCGCUAAAGGCUCUGAGCUCAGGAGAAAAGGCUCGCUCAGAGCAGUCAUCUCCGCGAAGAAGAGCGCCGGAUCCUCGGGCCCUUCUCUCCCACAGCCGUCAUCAGCUCUGACGCUGGUUCUAAAG